ACUGGAUUUGAUUUGAGUGAUACAGAGAGAGAGAGAGAGCAGCAGCCAUGUCCCAUUCUCUCUCAUCCUUCGCAAUCUCUCUCUACAAAUUCAAUCCGGAAUCGCUGUCCAGAUCCGGUCGAUUUCUAUUCCGAGCUUCCUCCUCAACUGCUCCUGGCAUCGAUUUUUCCUCUCUCGAAUCCGCCAUUGCUAAGAAAGAUAGUGAUGGAGUGAGAGAGGCACUUGAUCAGUUGAGGGAAGUCGGUUGGGCCAAAAAAUGGAGUUCUCAGCCAUAUAUAUCGCGUCGUACAACAUCUCUGCGCGAGUUGACAACUUUAGGACUGAAGAAUGCAGAAAAUCUUGCCAUACCUAGCACCAGAAACGACGCGGCUUUUCUCUUUACUGUCGUUGGUACAACUGGAUUUUUGGGUAUUCUUGCUGGCCAGCUUCCUGGGGAUUGGGGCUUCUUUGUGCCAUACUUGGUCGGGAGCAUUUCUUUGGUAGUUCUUGCGAUAGGGAGUAUCUCCCCGGGGCUGCUUCAGGCUGCAAUCGGAGGAUUUUCUUCGUUCUUCCCAGAUUACAAGGAGAGGAUUGCUAGACAUGAAGCAGCUCAUUUCUUAGUUGCAUACUUACUCGGUCUUCCCAUCCUCGGGUAUUCUCUGGACAUCGGGAAAGAGAAUGUCAAUCUCAUCAAUGAGAAGCUUGAAAAGCUCAUUUACAGUGGACAGCUCGAUGCCAAGGAACUAGACAGGUUGGCCGUAGUAGCAAUGGCCGGACUGGCUGCAGAAGGUCUGCAAUACGACAAAGUGGUCGGACAGUCAGCUGAUCUUUUCUCCCUGCAGAGAUUUAUAAACAGGACUAAACCACCGCUGAGCCGAGAUCAACAGCAAAACCUCACCCGAUGGGCGGUUUUGUUUGCUGCGUCAUUGAUAAAAAACAAUGGAGCUCUGCAUGAAGCUCUGAUGGCAGCAAUGUCGAAAAACGCAACGGUUAUUGAAUGCAUUGAAGCAAUUGAGAAGGCUGGCUGAGUGAAUUCAGCCAUAUAUAUGCAUGAGUUUUUUUUUAUCAAAGGCAAAAAAUUUGGCUAAUGUAAAUAUCAUAUGAUCCAACUACAGUUUUGUCGGAUCACGCGUGUCUGAACUGACCCGACCCGCACCCGGUUUCGUGUAUCUUCUGUUUGGUGGUUGAAAUGUCGAUGGAAUCGAAUCUUGUUGGAAAAUUCUUCA